CUUGUAUGGCGGAAAACAUGAAUGUUUGGAAAUGUGUUGACAGUUCGUAAGCAUAAAUUGAAUAUGACACGCCUCGCCAAAGUAAAGCAGAAACACGCGUGAGCUGAAACCUGCCAGCAUGGAAGGAGGUGUGUUCUGUGACAGUGUUGAUGUGCUGCUGACACAGCUCUGCAAACAUCACCUCCAGGACACUCAGAAGCGAGCCUACAUUGUUCAGCCUCGAACAUCACGGGAUGAACAGUGUAAACGACUCAAAAGAAAGGCCUACAAUACAUUAUUUGAAUUUCUCAAAGGACGAGGAAGAUAUUCUUGCUUAUCCCCAUCUGACCCCGUGAAGAAAGAAAUAGAUGGCAUUUUGGUCUAUGCCUACCACUUACGAUGCAAUCGAUUUUUUGAUGAGGCCAAUCGUCUGGAAGCUCUCCUGGAUACUUUGUUAUCAAAAGAUGGUGAUAAGAGUGAUGUGAUGUCAGUGUUGCUGUUACUGGUGUUACUAUCAGAGAGGAGGAAUCCGACUAGUAAAGAAAUCAUUGGCCAUGCAUCACAAAAGCUGCCUCUGGUGCCAUCUAAAAGGACCCAGCAUGUGGUGUUACCUGAAGGACCGCCUGUGUAUGGGGAUAGCCAGGUGUUCUGUCCAGACUCCUUCUACAUGCAUUACCCUCGGGAGCUGUUUGAGGCAACGUAUCAGCAAACUGACAUCAGGACAAAGAUGGAUGUCAAACGUCCAAACCUUUUUGAGCUGACCCCUGGAACAGAGCUGUCAGGAAAUGGAUGGUUCAAUUACAGGCCUCUCCUGAAUGAUGCCCACGAAAAGGAGGCAAGAAUGACCAUGUUUGGAGGUCUUGUUCAAGGAAGAAUUACCUCCCUUGAUGCAAAACUUGACCUCCCAGAACUGCCAGAUGAAUCUGAUAUGAAAUGUCCUGAAAUCAGAAUUCCAAAGGUCAUGUCUAUCAGUCAGCUGUCACAAGACACAACUGACACCUUCAUGUCGACAUCGAUGACGACUUUCAAUGACUCGGCCAUUGAGGAGAACAUCUGGGAUCUAGCUCUGAAGUGCAAGCGUGGCAGAUACUACACAUGGGAGAGGAGAGGAAUUGAAGGGUCCAUUGAGCGACCCUACUUCUCUGAGGCAGGUCCGCUAGCUGUGGACAAGUGGUACACACAGAUGCUGCUGCAGCUGAAGGUCAUGGCUCCUGAAGCAGUGCUGCCACCUAGUAGAGGAAUCAGCCAAUCACAGCUUAUCAAAGAUGUCAUCUACCUUCUGAUUGGUGUAGAGUCACAUACCUUCAAAUUGGAUGAGGAGACUCAGAGUUUCAAGACAGCUGAAGGAGUGUAUGUCACAGGGAUAACUCCCGAUGCCCUUAGCAGCUGUCUGAGGGAUUUUAUUGCUUGUGGCUCCAACUACUACCGCCUCAACCUGUGCUCCAAGGCUCCUGUGGUCGACUCCUUCUAUGAGAAGGGGAUGGUGUUCCAGGCCUACACUGGGGCCGUGCGUAAAGUCCUUCAACACUACCGAGCCGUCAUACUCUCUGUCCCGCACAGAACUACACUCCUGCAGCUCAAGUUUGCAUGUGAAAGAACAUUCCAGCAAAUUAGAUUCCUGUCACAGCUGUGUUGGUGUGGACGAGACAGCAGCAACUUCCCCACAGGUAUCCAGCUGCUGACAUACCUGUACCAGGAGACCCUGGAGGCAGUGAACACAGACAACUACCCCAUGAUGCUAUCCAUCCUACAGACAGCAUGUGGACCCUACACAGUGUUCGUACAGGAGUGGGUGUUCCAUGGCUCCUACAGAGAUGUGUAUGAAGAGUUCACCAUCCAGGUCAACCACCAUUAUCUGGAGUACCGAGAUAAGCACUACUGGACCAAUGGCUAUACCCUAGCUGCAGAACAGAUAGAGGACAGUGCUCCUCUCUUUCUUCGUGACAUGGCCAAUGAUAUCUUCAUCUGCGGGAAGACCAUCAACCUUCUCAAAAUCUGCUGUCCAGAGCACUUUGUGUGUCAGGUUGAUGACAAUGACAUCCCACACAUGACAGUGACGUUUUCCGAGCGGCAGCUGUCAACGCUUGACACACGUUGUCAGAUAUAUGUCAGCAAGAUGCAGCAGAUUGCCAGGAACCUCACCAUAUCCAGGGAGCAGAUGAUGGAGCAGGCAGAGCAGGCGAAGCGGGACUUGAUGGAGAAGGCUCACACAGUAGCUGCACAGGAGAUUGCUAGACUACAAGCUAAAAUCGACGAGAGGAAGAAGGCUGCUGACAUUAAGAAGAGGCAGGAGUUCCAGCGGCUGAAGAGUCAGAUGGUCACAGACCUGCAGAGGCGUGCAGGGGAGAAGGAGCAGAGCGCGGAGGAGGACAAGGAGCACAUGGCCCGACUGACCCGGUCGGAGGCUGCUAUGGAGGCUCAGGAGUUGAAGCUGGAACAGGAGGCCAGGGAGGAGCUAAUCAAGUACUACGCCGACCUCAGUGAGGAGGCAGCCCAGAGAGAACAGAAGGCCCUGUGGAAGGUGCGGCGCGCACGACUAGAGCUGGCCAGGAUGGACUUCCUCUCAGCCGACCAGGAGAAGUGGAGAAGAGAGAUGGAGGAAGCUACUGAAGCCAAGGCUGUCCUGGAACGUGACCAAGACUCCAGCUUGCCUGUGUGGGCAGAGAAUGUCAGUGACAGCCCAGAUGGGAAACCUGUGAUAGCAGACAACACAGAGCCUGAUGUUGCAGCUCUACCAAGCUGGGCAGAGCGCGGACUGACUGCACCCCCAGCUGCUGUGUAUGGUCUCGAUACAUCGGCUAAACAGAAACUGCCUGGGUGGGCUAAGAAAGGGCUUGAGACAUACAGUGUUGAGGAAGAGCCUAUUGUAGUGGAGGGGGGUGAUGGAGACGGACUCCAUGAUGGGGUGUUUGUGUCCCCAAGGAAGAAAACUGGGCUCCGAAUGAAUGAAUCCUUUAAUGCUUCCAAGGAGUCGGAAGAAAGCCCAGAGAAGAAGACCGUUCGUGUGUUUGAAGAGAUGCAUUGUACAACGGAAUCAGAUGUAGCAGAUGCUGCCAAGCCGCAGGUAAAGCUGAUGCAGGACCGACAUGCAACAACUGAGACUGUUCCAGAUGAAGAAUACAAACCCAAUGUGAAGGUAUCCGAGGAAAUGCAUGCUACGAAGGAAACCGAGAGUUCAGAACAGAAGCCACACAUCAAGGUCGUCCCUGAUGUCCAUGCAAACAUGGAGUCUACGUCAAGCCAGGAGUUAUCUGCACCCAAGCUGAAGAGACAAAACGAACAGCAUGCAAAUGUUGAAACAUCCUCAAAAGAAUGGAAAGUGAAAAAGCAGAGUUUCUUUGGGCAUGUUUCGAAACUUUCUGGUUUGGAAUAUGAUAUCACAGCUCCCAAGUUGAAAAAACAUGCUGAGAUCUAUGCCAAUUUGCAGUCUGACACAAAAGACUUUUCCAUCCGUCCGAGCAUAAAGAUUAACAAAGCCAUGAUGGUGAAUAUGGAGAGUGAGCCGGCAGAAGUUACACCAAUGAUCCGAGUGGACAAACACCGGCACAUCCUCAAGGAGUCUGAGUUUGUGGAUCUGGAUGAACAGAGGUUGAAGAAGUUUAGGAUCAGAAACAUCCACGGCCAUUCGUCUGACUCAACAGUGCAGAAAUUGUUGUAUGGAGAAAAGUAUGGCAGUCCUAGCAGUGAACGAGGGGGGAAGGCGUUGGAACAUGCAACAGACACCAGCACAGACAUCAUGGCUGCUGCAGCGUCUGACUCCAUGUGGAUGGAUAACGAGAUAGAGCAGUACCAGGACAACUUCGACUGCCUCAAUGAGCCUCCAGUCACUGACCUGAUGGCUUCGACCCCCAUGGCAUAUGGUAGCUGGGGGGACUAUGGCAUCAGCUUAGAGGGAGAGGUCGAGGCUUUCCGAUACAUGCCUCUGCCAGCCUUACUACACAGGACAAUCACGGCCUCACUCAAAGCCCAAAUCAGCCUUGUGAACAAGUGCAUCAUCGACUACUUCUUCUCUGAACUGAAGAUACAAAGUCAUUUUGAGGCCCUCAGAAGCUUCCUGUUCAUGGGAGAUGGAGACUUCGCUCAGAUUCUGAGUGAUGUCCUACUAGACAAGCUUGCCCAGAACCCACUGCCUCAGGAGAUGCUCAACCCUUUCUUCCUGAAUGGAGCCCUGACGAAAUCACUGCAGUUGUCCAUGCACUCGGCAGACAAGUUUGCUGACAAUCUCAGCUUCGCUGUCAAGUACACUCCUGCAGUCUUCCAACCUAAUGCUCACGACACACUGGACUGUUUGGAGCUGAGAUACAAGGUUGACUGGCCACUGAACAUUGUGCUGACAGACAGCUGCAUGACCAAGUAUGGCCGCAUCUUCUCGUUCAUGCUGCAGCUGAAACGGCUGGUGUGGGCACUCAAGGACAUCUUACACAGGCUCAAGAGAGAUUCAAUUAUCAACAAGGCAGGGAACUCUCCACAGUUUAGACGUCUUCAGUUGCACAGGUGGGAGAUGAUGCACUUUGUGAAGGUCAUACAGGAGUACAUCGCUAACCAGAUUCUACUGCUGACCUGGUCAGAGUUCAUGGACGCUGUCCAGACUGAUGUCCAUGAUCUGGAUGACCUGCACCACAUACAUGCCCGGUACCUUGAGAAUGCCAUCUUCAGAUCUCUACAGAACAAGAAAGCUGCUUUUGUGAUGAAAAUCAUUCAGGACACUUUCUGUCUCAUCCUGAAGUUCCGCUCUCAGCUUGUCAGCGCCCCCUGGAUAAGAGAUGACAACACAGGGGAGAUGACUCACCCUAACUUCAACAACAUGGUGGCAUCUUAUGAUGCAUUUAAAGCAUAUACUCUCUUCCUUUUCAAAGUUGUGAAGAAACUGGCUCUCCGGGGCUACCAGCCUCAUCUCCAGGAGCUGCUGCUGAGAUUUAACUUCAACAACCACUACGACAAGAGCUAGACCAUCUCCAUCACUGUGGUGUACUGUAAGAGUCUUGGCACCGUUGCCAUGACAGCAUUUCCAGAGCCUUCCAGAUCAAAUGCUAUGUUUUGUGUUUGUCAUGCAGUAUAGUGCUUGGUUAAUGAUGAAGUAGUGUCUAUGACAGCUUUUUCAGUUAGUGUCAUAUGCUAUACAAAACUGGUCACAAGUGACAUAUCCCACUUUAUGUCAUAAGUAACAAUUCAUUGUGGAAUCUAUGAUAAAGUGACAUGAUCUAUCAUGACCUGAAUUACUAUUAACUCUGCCUAGAUUUUCGAGGCUCUCUUAGAGCUAAGAUAGUCGUAAGUUAAUGUUAAUGUAUGGUACUUACGACCAUCAUAACACUAAGAGAGCUUCGAAAAUCUAGGCCCUGGUCCAUAAAUAGUUCUUAAAUAUCACACCAUGAUCAAGGUUUAAAAGUUGAAGCAACACAUGUACAACAUAACCACUAGUGCUGGGAUGGAUGGUUUUCUCAUUUACACCUCAGUAAGUUCUUGUAACAUUAUUCAAGUUAGUUUCAAAGUUUGAUGGUGAUAUACAGUAUAUUAUAAAGGGACUAACCAUUUGGUAUUCCAAUAGAAGGGGUCCAGAGCUGUUUUUGAAACAUAACUGGAAAAAAUCAGUUGUGAAAAAGAAUACAAAAGAUUGUUUUGGGGACAUGUGAAAUGGCAAAGAGAUUGUCCUGUUCUUCUUUCAUGAUAAACAAAGGAUAUUUAAUGGUUGGUCCCUGUGGUAAACUGGUAUAGCACUGACAGGAGCAUUUACAAGUAUAAUAUUAGCAUAGACAUUUUACUAGGAAACCCUGUGGAUAUUUUCAGUUUUGGUGUUAUAGAUUGGUUUAUCAGGUCUUUCAGUAUUCUAAAUAUGUCCUAAAGUCUCUUCACUGGUUGCCCAUCCAAGCCAGAAUUGAAUUCAAGACCCUGACCAUUGUGUUCCAAUGUCAACAUGACCUAGCACCUCAGUUCCUCUCUGACCACAACAGCUGAGAUCACACCAACAGUUCCUCCUAACAACACCCCCUGUCCAUCUCAAGAACUAUGGUCACAGAUCAUUCAGCUUUGCUUCUCUUCACUGUGGAACAGUCUUCCCAUAACCAUAAAAACAGCAACCUCUCUUGACUUAUUCAAAUCUUCAUUGAAGACCCAUCUCUUCAGGAAAUAUUACAAGAGACUUGUACAACUGCUGCAGUUUUUAGCUGUACACACUUGGCGCCAUGAGCAUACACUAGUGUGUGGAUACGGCACCAUACAAAUGGACAUUAUUAUUAUUAAAUGCCCCCAAAAUAUUUAUGAAGUUAUUUGAAGUGGAUAAAAUGAACCAAAGGAAUAAUGAUUUGAUAUCAAGAAACAAGUGAAUCAUUGCCAGAAACUAAUUAAUCAGUGAUAUGUGAUUCUAACUCUUAGUGUACAAAUACCUCAUGUGUCCAUGCAUUUAUAUAAAUAAUUUAAUGCUUGCCUUUGUUUGUGUGCAUAAUCCGUCCUUUCAGCUGCAAGUAAUCUCACAUUUCUACAUGCAUGUAUAAUUUGUACAAAUAUUGAGAUUUUGUAAAUCUAAAAAUAAAUGACACUGAUAUAUAAAA